AUGUUCCAAGGAUUCGAAUGGCAUAUUCCGACAGACCAACAACACUGGAACAGACUUCGAGAAAGCCUCCCACGGCUGAAGUCAAUGGGUGUGAACAACAUCUGGAUACCUCCCGGUUGCAAAGGUGCUACAGGCGGUAAUGGAUAUGACAUCUAUGACCUGUAUGAUGUAGGCGAGUUCGAACAAAAAGGCCAAACUGCAACAAAAUGGGGAUCAAGAUCGGAUCUUGAAGCUUUCGUUUCUUUAGCAAACGAGCUUGAUAUCGGGAUAUAUUGGGAUGCUGUCUUGAACCACAGAGCUGGAGCAGAUACUAAGGAGAAAUGCGUGGCUGUCGAAGUGGACCCCAAAGGUGACGAAGCUAUUGUUACUUGCUCAAGACUUUACUCUAACAGUCAAAUAGAUAGAACUGUCAAUAUUUCUGAGCCAAGAGAGAUAGAAGCCUGGCUGGGCUACGACUUCCCCGGCCGUGGAACCAAAUACAGCGAGCUGAAGUACCAUUGGUACCAUUUCAGUGGAAUUAAUUACGACGCCCUCCAACAAAAAUCUGGGAUUUACAAAUUAGUCGGCUCGGGGAACAAGGAUUGGGCCAAGGAUGUCAGCACUGAGAAUGGGAAUUAUGAUUAUCUCAUGUUUGCAGACGUGGACUAUUCCAAUACUGAGGUAACGAACGAUGUUAAGCGCUGGAUCGAAUGGCUAGGAACCGAAUUCAAGCUAAAAGGACUGAGACUUGAUGCAGUCAAGCAUUAUUCCCGAGGGUUCUUAAAAGAGUUUAUUCAGCAUAUCCGAACGACUGUCGGGAGAGAUUGGUUUCUGGUUGCAGAAUAUUGGACGGGGGAUAUUAGCGAUAUGCUAAAUUAUCAUGAUCAGAUGGAAGGUCUCGUGUCUUUGUUUGACGCUCCUUUAGCAGGGAGGUUCUCCCUCUUCGCCAAGGAGGGUCAAGACUUACGAAGAAUAUUUGACCAGACCCUCGUGCAGGUUCGCCCACAGAAAGCCGUGAUCAACAAACAUGACGGCACCCGCUAA